CUUCACAAGACACCAUCACAUUUGCUCUUUAACGGUUUUUCUUUCAAAGUUAAAGUCACAGCCUUAGGCAUAUGUAUGUUCUCUCUAUGCCAACUAAAGACACACACAAACACACACAUACAUACACACACACACACACACACACACACCCAUUCCACUGCAAAAUAAAUAAUUACAUACAUCAUGGUAGGCUACUGUCCAAUCUGUGGGAAGCCUGUCUACUUUGGUGAGAAAAAGCGUUCCUUAGGGAGGGACUACCACCCACUGUGUCUGAAGUGUCAAAACUGUAACAGGCAGCUCACGGCCGGACAACAUGCUGAGCAUGAUGAGAAGCCGUACUGUCCGUACUGCUACAUGAAGAUGUUUGGUCCAAGAGGUAACAGGUGACUGGUGUCACCACCGCACAGUGCAUCUACUCCGCUGGACCUGGACUGAUAGAAAAUGGACAAUCACUCAAAUAAAAACAGACACACAACUUAUUCUGUGCACAGAUAGAUGAAUUAUGGACAGAUUAUUAAUUUUACAUACACUUUACUGUAGUUACGCCUGUGAAAAGAUAAAUAUUUAAACAGUAAAUUUGUGAUGACCACUUGAUGCAUGUGAUUGCUUAUUUUAUUCAUGUAAUUUUAUUUUUCAUGCAUUGUAACUCAACAUCAAUAAAGGCAUUUUUAUUUUAAGCCUUAACAACACACA